GUAAAGGCGGCUGAAUCAAGAGUGAGAGAUGAGGUGAAGUUGCAGCUUGAGGAACUGGAACAAGAACGCAUACAAACAGCCAAGUUAAACAACACAAUCUCACAGCUUCAAAGAACCAUCGCCGAAAAGCAACUAGAGUACCAGACCGACUGUCGUAAAUUAGAAGACGAGGUCAGAAGAGCAAAACUUGAAAGCAAGCAGUGCAAGGAUGAGAUCCAGAAGCUGAAAGAGGAUGAGGUGCGGAGAGUUGGCAUGCUUCACUCAGCCUUCGUGUCAUACUUUAAUGCAUCUCCAACAUCACCUGGGCAAUUACCUGCCGAAAAGUUGUAGCACAUGUUCGAGCAUUUCAUUUUAAAUUUACUGAUUUUUUUUCUCACUUAAAGAACAAUGGAAAGAAAGUGGAAGUUCAUAAGAAGCUUAAAGUUAAAAGGGAAAUAGGAUUUAUUUAAUUUUUUGAGAUUUGCUCAUUUCUCAAGACAAUAAAACAGUUGCAUUAAUUACUGUACUUUUCACUGCCAUCAUGAAACAUGAAUUGAUCAUUUUGUUUGGAAUAUGAUAACUUUAUAUAUGAAACAAAUAAAGAUGGAUAGAUUGUAUAUAGUUGAGGUGUCUAUUUUAUCACUAUUAUAAGUUGGUUUCAGUGCGUUAAACUUUAACUGUGGCUUGCUUUUAACUGUACACAUGUUCACAUAGAAAUCAAUGUUACACUCAAAUAUGGCUUAAUGAUUAGAAAUUGCAUUAAAUGUUUAUAGAAACACCAACUGAAAAAUGUUGCAGACAUAUUGAUAUAUUGCCUGUACUACAGAUUGUUCCAUUAGAUUUAUCGCUUAUUGAUCAUGAUUUCACAGGGAAAAUGGCCUUUUAGACUAAGUAGCAAUAUGUUUAAUUAAGCUUUGAUAUGAAAAUUGUCUUAUUUACCAUGUAUGCUGACUGGUGCAUUCUCUCAUUGUGACAUAUUAAUUCUUGCACAUUGAGCUACAUUGUAGUAAAAUUAUAUAAAAAAAAGCUUCAUUCUGCUUAAUUACAAAUUGUUACUUACUGGAAUUAAUUGUUUAAGGGCACCCUACUAUUCUUAUAGAAUAGUAGGGUGCCCUUAGACAAUUAAUUCC